AGAUCCAUUCAUUGCUUCCAAUGUUAUAUCCCAAACUAUUAUAAAUAGGCUUUAUCCAUUCCUUCUUCAAUCACUAUGAUAAUUUUCAUGCUAUAGCAAUAUUUUCUCAUAAACCCUAGUUUACUACAAUCUUUCUUAUUCAUGAUCAUGGCACCACUUGGAGAAUCUUUGUUGUCAAAUUCAUUGUCAAAAAACAAUAACAACUCAUCAAACAAACCAUCAAAACUCUCCAAUUCCGACCACCUUCAAAGAACGGUCUCGGACAUUUCUUUCGAGCUGACGAAAGAAAUUGAUAAUUUAAAACUACCUUCGAUAUCCGAAGUCGAAGAUGCAAAGUGCGAGUGUUGUGGCAUGUCCGAGGAGUGUACACCUGAGUACAUAGACCACGUACGCGACAAAUUCAAAGGUAAAUUUGUGUGCGGACUAUGUUCCGAGGCGGUGAAAGAAGAGUUAGAGAAAAAUGGUGGGAAAAAAUUAGAAGAAGCUUUAAGUACACAUAUGAAUGCAUGUGUUAAGUUUAACAAAUAUGGAAGGGCUUUUCCUGUUUUGUUUCAAGCUCAAGCUAUGAAAGAAAUGCUGAAAAAGAGUAACUUAGAUGGGAAAAUUAGGGCAAAGUCUAUUAGUCCAAGGGACAAGAAAGGAGGAGGAGGACUUACACGUAGUUCAAGCUGUAUUCCAGCACUUACAAGAGAUAUCAAAAAUAUCAAAAUUUAAAUCUAUCUAUCUUAAGAAAAAUCAUAUGAUAUUAAUGUGUGACAAUAUUUUCAUGUUCUUUGAGCACAUGAACUUUACUCGUGAGUUAUGAUCUGAUCUUACUAUAAGAUAGUUUUUUUUUAUAGGCCUUGUUAGAAGUUGCCUUAGGUUUUUUUAGGGUAUUAAUAACCCUUUUACUUCUCUAGGCUGCUUCUUUAAUUUUGGUCUAUGUAGAUUUUUUUAAAAUAACUUUGAGCAAUGUAUUGUAGAUCUUACCAAUUAUAUUUUGGAAUAAAAUUCAACUGUUGUAAUGAUAUAUCAAUUCAAUUUUCGGUUGUUUGUGA